CCACGUACACCAGAUUAUAGCUUCACAGUCACGCACGAAUCGAGAUAAUAUAAAGAAGGCAGUCGCCAGUAGCCGCGAUACUCGACUAAAAAGAAAUUACAGUGAAGAAAGCGAUCAAAGCAAACAAGUCGGAAAGAAGAUGGGAAUCGAGAAGGAACUAUUGAGAGCAGGCAAUGGUCCAAAACCCGUCGCUGGUCAGACUGUCACUGUACACUGCACUGGAUUUGGUAAGAACCGCGAUAUGAGUGCAAAAUUUUGGAGCACAAAAGAUCCUGGGCAAACUCCUUUCACAUUUAAGAUUGGCCAUGGUUUGGUUAUAAAAGGGUGGGAUGAAGGUGUUAUGGGUAUGCAAGUAGGAGAAGUUGCUCGUCUCCAGUGCACUCCUGAUUAUGCUUAUGGUGCAAGUGGAUUUCCAGCAUGGGGAAUCGAAGCCAACUCACCCCUGAUUUUUGAGAUUGAAGUUUUAAGCGUAAAGUAAAAGAUGGGGUUGAAUGUUGGUAAACGGUAACUAUCCACAAAAAUAUUUUCGUACAAUCUUAAUUACAACAGUAUCUUGGUAGUUUGUGGUUAAAUGGUGUUUGGCUUCAGUUUUAUGCUUGAAAUUAUGUUUCUGCCUUGGGAUUUGUUGGGUGAAGCAGGAUUCUGAGCUCUACAAUUACACUAUAUAAUUAUCUUAUUUAGUACUUGUGUUUUUCUCAGUCA